CAAAGAUAAUAUAGUGUUGAUUUUAAUAAUAGAUAGAAAAGAAAUCCAAAAAAAGUGAAAGUAGAGGCCAAGAGGGAUUCAAAAGCUCAUAUCUUGAUAGAUACUGUAGGCUGAGGAUAUCGUUGCUUUCGCUUGUAUAUAGAACCAGAAAAGUCAGGCCACAGAUCUCUGCGUUCUUCAAAUCCACCUCUCACCUAACCCCACGGCGGCCGGCCACCGUCGGACUGAACCCACACUACCAACAGCCUGUUCUGUAACUGUAACCAUAAAAAUAUUUCAUUGGACUACAAAGUCCAAAUCUACGGCGCUUAAAUUUCCAUUUUCAAUCUCUCUGUCUCUGUCUCUCUAUCUCUCUCUCUCUUUCUCUCUGUUCGUUUCUCUCUCUGUGAGCACUAAGGAGAGGACAUGGCGGCAGACCCAGAAGGCAGAGAGUUUAAGUUUUACUCACAGUUUCAGGCUGAGCAUGGAAAUAAGCAGAACCCCUUUGAAGGAGACAAUUGGUCGAGCUAUUAUGGACGGUCUGAUUCAUUUCUCAGCUUCAGCUCAAAGGUGGAAUCAGAGAUUGAAAGUGAUAAAGAUGACGGCGGCUGCGGUGGCGGCAGUGGCGGCGGCGGCGGCGGCGGUGAUGAUUAUACAGCUGAGUUAAGUCGGCGUAUGGCUCAGUACAUGCUUCAAGAUGAUGAUAACUCCUCCAUUGAAAGCUUUCAACCUGAGAUACAGAGCAAGCCAUGGGGUUUGUCUAGUUCGCCAAUUUCAACGCUGUGGUCACCACUAGGCUCUAGCACUGAGAGCAGCUACGGAAGUCCAGAAGGGCCUUCCAAGGAGCCAUCGCCGCCAUCGACGCCGGUAGUUGUAGAGCGUGGAGGGCUGGAUAUUUCACACAACGUUUUCAGCAAACUGGAGAAGAUGAAAAAAGUUAGCACAAAUGAUAAAUCAAUCCAAACAAGCCCCCAACAUGGAGGAACCAGAUCUUCCUCUUCCAAAAAUCAGAAGCGGAGGCAGAACCAGCAGCAGCAGCAGUUUAUGAAGCAAAAAAGCUCCGCAGCCACACAAGCCAAGCAGGCUCAAGGAAGCACCUCACAAGCCAAUUCAGGGGCAAAACCAGGAGGAGGGUCAUCGGGGACAGGAGUGUUCUUGCCCCGCCAUGUCAACUACAACCGUCCAGCACCAUGUCCUCAGCCACCACAGCCGCCCAAGAAAAAGGGCUGCUCCACUGUUCUAAUACCCGUGAGAGUCCUACAAGCCUUACAACUUCACUACGACAGAAUGGACAACGAGACAAGAGAAAAGAUCACUGGCUUCACAGCUUUAAGAGAAGCUGCGGCUAGUGCCAGAACAAAGUCACAUACCGACAAGAAAAGUCAUCUGGAAGCGACAGCAGCGGCGGAGGCGGCGACGACGGCUGCGACCAGCCAAAUCGACGUGGGUCUUCCUCAAGAAUGGACGUACUAAAAUAGCUUCACCAAUCCGCGAGAGGGCAUUUAGAUGAAAUCCUUGGGUAAUAAUUUUCUGUUAGGGGUAAAACCGUAAAUAAUGUUUGGGAAAUUAAUACUGCAACGUGAAAAAAAAAAG